AUGGCAGCUUGGCUAACUUUUGAAUACCUGGAAAAUGCUCUGCAACAACAUUACCAAAACCCCCAAGUUCGAGUGGAAUCGGUUGAUAUAAGGCCAGCUCUGGGAAAAGGAGAAAACUGAGCCAUUUUAUCACGUAUACGAAUUGUGUACAGUUUUGGUCAGGGCCACAAAGUAGUGGAUCAUCUGAUUGCCAAGACAGUUUUGGAGGAUGAGGAUGCUGAGACCAGAAAUAAGAAAGCCCCGUAUGAUAUAUACAAUCGAGAACUGGAGAUUUACGAAGAGGUGUUGCCGAAAUUACAACAACUGGCUGGUGAACAAUUGUAUCCAAAAGUUUUCCACAUCGAUCGACAGCGAGGAGCUUUUAUAAUGGAGGACCUAACUUAUAAGGGAUUUAUGAUGGCUCCACGUCUUCAGAGAUUGGAUGAGCAGCACGUGAGUUUGGUGCUAAGGAAACUGGCCAAAAUGCAGGCAGCCUCUGCGGUUUUCGAGGAAAACUCAAAUGGGAAUACCAUUUCCCUGGCCAAAUACGAUCGCGGUUUCUUCAAUCGCUACACGGAAAGUUUUAGUGCCUACUUUUUGGGCUGCCUUAAAUCAUGUGCAAGCUAUUUAAAAAGUCAACCGGGCUAUGAAAGUCAAGCGAAGUUAUUGGAGGAACUGGAACCUCAUUAUAUGGGAUUGGGACUGCGCUGUUUUCAGCCCGAGAACUCGCACAUUAAUGUCCUGACUCACGGCGACUUGUGGACGAACAACAUGAUGUUCAAAUACGAGGCGGGCGUGCCCAGCGAUGUCCUUUUGAUUGACUUUCAGUACGCAUUUUGGGGCUCGCCCACGCUGGACAUUCAUCAUCUGCUCAACACGUCGGCCGUGGAGAAAGUACGGAGCGAGCUGCAAAUUAAGAUGAGAUGUGUCUACCACGAAGUCUUCGUUGAGGAGCUGAGGAGGCUGGGGUUCAAAGGUCAGAGGUUGCCUAGUCGCAAGCAGUUUCACCUAGAGUCGGAGCAGAAGCGGUUUUACGCUGUUCAUUGUGGCCUCCUCCUGCAACCCGUGCUACUGAACACCGAUGACACCGAUGCGGAUUUUGCAGCUCUACUUUCGGACCAGCCGCGCGGAAUGAAUAUGAAAAGGAGGUUGUAUCUCAAUCCUGGAAUACAGGACUCUAUUAGGCAGCUGGUGAAGCAAUUCGAGCUCGAAGGACUCCUGGACCCGCGGCAGUACGAAGGCUUUUAAACCUGGGCCUAGCGAAUUUUUAGCUUUUUCAUAAACUUCCGCCAUUAGACAUUUCAAUUAGACGAGCUA